AUGGCAGACGCAGGCAAUCCAUCAGCUGCUGAACACAACAUUCAGACAAAUGCCAACGACAGCACAGCCCUAGAGCAGCAGGUACCGGCGGCAGCGGCAGCUACAGCAGCAGCGCCGAACGGCGUGAUUGCCAAAGUAUCGACCCCGACAGCGUGCAUAAAGUGUGGACAGGGUAUAGCGGACCAGUGGGUGCCACUUCAAACCGGGGUCUGCCAUCCCCAGUGCUUCUGUUGCGAGGACUGCGGCACCAACGUCGAAGACAACUACUGCCUGCUGGAGGACGCAGACACGCCAAAGCAGCCCCACCUUCUAUGCGAGAAGCACUACUUUGAACGCACAAACUUUGUGUGUGCAAAGUGCAAGCAGCCGCUAGACAGCACAUAUGUGCACGCGCUGGGCCGCAAAUACCACCCGGAGCACUUCACGUGCACCGAGUGCCAGACGAUUUUUGGACCCGACGGCACAUACUACGAGCAUGACGGCGAGCCGUACUGCCUGCACCACUACACAUACCUUGUGGCCAAGCGGUGUGCCGGGUGCCAGCAGCCGAUUAUGAAGCUGUUCCUGCAAAUCAACAACCGCGGCAUCGACGAGCACUGGCACCCCGAGUGCUACAUGAUCUACAAGUUCUGGAACGUGCGGAUAUAUCCGACCAUCUACGACGGCGUGCGCGGCCGGGUGCCGAAGCAGAUUGCCAAGCCGCAGAACGCGGUCAGCGAGCAGCAGAUCUACCAGGUGUGGACUGUGCUUUCGUCGUUUGAGGAGUCAACAGCGACUUGUAUUUCGGACAUGCUGCUGCAGGUAUCGGGCGGACAUUACCUGGAUGGGCUGCGGCAGGCAGAGCGUUUCAUCAUGCACGUCGACGUGCUAUUUGGAUCCAUCGACGACCUCGAGGACGAGCUGUCCCACUUUGAUGACUCGACAGGUUUGCAGCACACGCGUGAGCCAAAGCUGCUGUGCAAAAGGAUUGUCAGCUUUUUCUCUGUCCUCUCGCACACACAGAGCAACGAGUCCAACGGAUUGACACAGGAGCUGCUGUCGCUGGUCACCAGCCUAGCGCACUACCUCAAGGUACUGACCCGGGUUGCACUGAAGGGCGCACUGAAGGCGCAGACCGAAUACGAGUGCCCAUCAAGCAUCAUGGCGCUGUUGGCGCGGCUGAUGGAGACAUCGGAUCGGCAAAAGUGGGCCAUGUUCCGACUAUCGUACCAGCAGACCGAUAUUGCCAGCGACUGCUGCGCUGCAUGCCGCAGCGAGGUGGAGACGGAAUGCAUUGAAUACACACGGCGCAACAAGCGCUGGCACCUGUACUGCUUCGUGUGCGUGUCGUGCAAUAGCGAGAUCCAGCACAUGUACCCGCAGUCUGCCCACGACGACAGCACUGGCCAGCUGUACUGCCCUGACUGCGCAGCGCGCAAGGGUCUGCAGCCUGGCGGCUUCAAGUUUGUGUCGCAGCUCGAGCAGUAUUCGUUCCUGAUGCGCGUGGCCCUGAAGCGCCUCUACAGUCUGCUAAAGAUGAAGAGCGCCCUGGAGAACCCCGAUACCAUGCGGCACCGCAAGGCAGCCAAGAACAAGGCAAUUACUGCGGUGUCUGACAGAUCGGAGGCCAGCAAGUCGCCAGAGGACAGCCAUGCCAGCAGCGAGAAGGAUCUGACCGAGCGGCAGGCGGCAGCCAACAACGAGUUUGACGCAGCACUGGCCAGCAUGGAUCUAUCGGUGGCCGCACCGCUGCCGUCUGGCAGCGAGCAGCGCACCAUCCAGGAAGCCGAGCGCGAGCUGCAGGUCGCCACGAAUCUUGGCUCGGCCCAGUCGCUGAAUCUGACAGAUACCACAUCGCCGCUGAGCCCCGAGGUCGCCACGGCAGUUGCUGAUGCCGCAGUCAAGGCAGCACGGCAGGAGGGCGGUAUCGUACAGAUGCGCGAGACUGACAGCAGUCUCUCUCCGCCGCAGGUGCUGGCCGACCGCCGCAAGACGCGUGUCGCACACACCACGGUGUACGCGAUGAAGGCGCGCAUGGAGAACAGCCAGCAGGAAGGCGGGCCGGACCAGGCUGGCCAGUCGUCGCAAUCGACGCUGCAGGCAUACCCUUCGACUGCUGCGCGUGCGGCAACGAACGAGGCCGAGACAGUCACCAGAGUGAAGACCAUGCUGAGUCGCCCGCACACGAUGCGGUUCCUGUCGGAUCUGAACACAGCCGAGCUGUUCUGCGCCAAGCACGUCGCUGUCGCUCGUCUGUCGGCCCUGCUUGGUGCCACCGAGUUCUCGCAGGCUGAUCUUGUUGCGCUGAUUGGCACGCCCAAGAAGCAGACGCCAGUCGGCAUGUGGUCACGUCUGAAAACCAACCUGAAGAAGAAGGAGGCUGCGGCCAGUGGCACCAGCGGCGGCGACAAGGAGCGGCUGCGUACUGCAACGUUUGGCGUGUCGCUGGAAGUGCUGAUGGAUCGCCAGUCUGUGGAGACCGACCUGGGCGCCCAUGGUAAGCAGAAGCUGGCCAUUCCGCAGUUCUUUGAGGUCAUGCUCAACACCCUGUCGUCGAUGGAUCUGGCAGUCGAGGGCAUCUUCCGCAAGAACGGUAAUAUCCGCCGUCUGCGUGAAGUCACCGAGGCCGUCGACAAGGACUACUCGCGCGUGGAUCUAAAGAAGGACACGCCGGUGCAGAUUGCUGCGCUGCUGAAGAAGUUCCUGCGCGAGCUGCCCGACCCACUGGUUCCGUUCCGUAUGCGUCGGCUGUUCCUGGGCAUUGCCAGCAUCUCGUCGAUGCGUGAGCGACUCGAGGCGUUCCGGUACGCCAUCAUCCUGAUGCCGCAGCCGAACCGCGACAUGCUGAACGUGCUGAUCACGUUCCUAAACUGGGUCGCGACCUUCUCGCAUGUGGACGACAAGGCGGGGUCCAAGAUGGACUCGCUGAACCUGGCCACCGUUAUUACGCCCAACAUCCUGUACGCCGAUGUCAAGGAGCCGACGCGCAAUGACCGCGACGACACAUUCUCGUACGAGGCCUGCAAUGUCAUCCACCAGCUGAUGGAGACCGGUGAGCCACUGUGGAUGCUGCCGGAUGCGGUGAUCCAGUUCUUGCGCGACAAUGCAUCGGGUCUCGGCGAGGAUGUUGCCGACCUCAACACCAAGGAGCUGCUAAGACGGUGCGAGAGACAGGCGCAGCAGGGCGCUGGCAACAUUGGCGGCGGCGGCGGCGGCGGCGGCGCGUUGAUGCCAGCUGCAAAUGCUGAUAUGUGA